AUGAGUCACAAUAAGUUAAAGGUACCUAUAGACGGAAAAAUGGAAGAAACUGCGCAAAGUGCGGAGUUUCUUAAGAUGAAGGAAAGAGAGGAAGAAUCAGAAUCCUCCACUCCAUCUCAACCAAUGAAGUUCAUAAGUGUAACCAGUUCGUCGCUGACAGACGAGCAGCGGGAGAUGUACGAAUCGGUCCUCUCCACCUGGAAACCGGUCAUGUUCCCCAAACGGACCAAGCGCUACAUCUGCCAGAAGUGCAGCAAGGAGUUCAAGAACUACCAGAACCUCUAUCUCCACACCACCAGGGUCCACUCGUCAGAAGAGUCGGCAGUUAUCUGCGACAUUUGCAUCAAAACAUUCAAGAACAAACACUACCUAUACAUGCACAGGAUGAACAAGCACUAUUCAGAGUCGGAGAAGUGCUACUGCCAGUUCUGCUUCCAAGAGUUCCGCACCAGGCGCGCCCUCCACAUGCACGUGAAGAGGGCGCACCCAACGACCCUCCCCGAAAUCAAGUGCCCCGAGUGUGGCAAGCAGUUCAGCGUCCCCUACAAGCUGCGCUACCACAUAGACGCGUGCCACCGCGACGACAAGGAGAAGUACAAGUGCCACAUCUGCCAGAAGCUGUACAAGAGCCACCUGAACCUGAACAGGCACCUGCACUUCCAGCACUCGCAGGUCGAGCGGCACCAGUGCGUGUUCUGCCCGAUGACCUUCAAGUCCCGCCACCACAUGAAGCGGCACAUACUGAACAUCCACCCGCCGCUCGAGUCGAAGGUGCAGUGCCCCGAGUGCCUGAAGGAGUUCAAGAACGACCAGUACCUGAAGGAGCACAUGCAGGUGCACACCUCCUUCGAGAAGAAGGUGAGGUGCGACCUCUGCGAGAAGUACUUCCACUCGGCGGUGCGCCUGAAGAAGCACAAGAAGAUCGUCCACCCGGACAAGCCGAAGAUACGCUGCGAGAAGUGCGACAAGGAGUUCGCGCACGCCCACUACCUGAGGCGGCACAACAACUCUGUGCACGUGGAGGUGGACGAGACGGACUACGAGCACGCGUGCCCCCAGUGCGGCAAGAGAUUCAAGAUCAAGCGCUACCUGAACAACCACCUGCAGCGGCACGAGCAGCAGCACCUGAAGCGCAUCUCGCAGAUGGUGAAGACCGUGAUGGACGACGACGGCCAGGAGCCGGACGCGCCCAAGAGGCGGGGCCGCCCGCGCAAGCAGCGCAGGGAGUUCGAGUUCAUCAAGUGCGAGCCCGUCUCCAGCUCCGACGAGGCGUCCACCGAGGAAGAGAGCGACACGGAGUCGGAA